AUGGAUUUAUGUGAAGCUCUUACUAUUACUAAAUUAUACGUUGACGAUGAACGCAGCUACCUCCUUAUCGAAUGGAAAUUGAAUGCAUUUGAAAUGUAUUUGUACACAAGCGACGGCAAACUCUGGAAAGGCAGGUUCUCCAAAAACCGUAUGUAUGGGUUUAGUAAGAACUUGCACUUGAGCGGAGAAGAAUACUUUGACAAAGUCCGUCGCUGUUUAUCACAGUACAACGAAGACUAUGUAUACGAGAUGAAAAGUGGUUUCUUCUAUUGGAAACGAAGAAUGAACGAUUCACUCAUCUUAGAAGGAUUUUUACCAGUAGAAACUACUCCUACAGAAAAACACCCAAAUUUAGUUGAAGUACUACUGGCAAUAAAUAAAAACUUAAAAGACAAAGUCAAAGAUUACCACUCCAAGUACCAUACGAUCAAAACGGACUUUCAACAAUGUCUAAAAGAUACGGAGGAAUUCUUGAAUUUGAAAAUAGAGAUGGAAAAGUCACUUUGUGAAAAAUUUCUUAACUUAGUAAAUACAAAGAAAAAUAAGUUAGAAAACGUAAAUGAUAAACUUAAUUCGAAACUAAAAGGCGAAAAAAGCAUAAAAAGCGAAAAGUCGCCGACGAGGGGUGAGGUGAUCCUGCAAUAA